AUGCCUAGUGAGAACAGUCCCGACAAGAGUGUAGAAAGUUUGGAUCAGAAAUACCCUGUAUAUCAUCCCUUAAGCAAUCCGAAACCCACAACAGUUCCUGCAAAAGGUCGGGUUAGUAGAGAAGAAGGUCUUGCAACUCCCAAUAUGGGAAUAUCUCCCGUAGAUCCUGUUUGGCAAAAUAUUGAUCCAACUCCCGACAUUCGGAGCCUCUUCACCACGUUUGAUGCUCAGUUCUUUGGUAAAAGGCUUUCCAGUGUCGAAGUUCGAUGGAGCCCUCGAAUGACUCUUUGCGCAGGUCAGUGCAUUUACGAGGGUCCCGGCGGUCUUUGUUCAAUUCGUCUAAGCGAACCUCUUCUGAAAUUUCGUCCCCGAAGUGACCUUGUGGAAACCUUGUUGCACGAAAUGAUUCAUGCGUACCUAUUUGUAACACAGAACAAACGGGAUCGUAGUGCUCAUGGACCCAGUUUUCAAUUCCACAUGAAUCGAAUUAAUAAAAUCGCCAAGACUAAUAUAACUAUUUACCACAGUUUCCAUGACGAAGUCGAUAAUUACAAAGUUCACUGGUGGAAGUGUAACGGUCCAUGUGCUAAACGCCCCCCAUUUUAUGGGCUAGUGAGACGCUCUAUGAAUAGAGCACCGGGACCAAACGAUCUCUGGUGGGCUGAGCACCAAGCUACUUGUUCGGGUCAGUUUAUUAAGAUUUCGGAACCUGAAAAUCCCAAGAAUGCCUCGAAGAAGGGCAAAAAUAAAGCGGGUUUGAAGUCCCAGGCGAAGACUUCCGACUCCUCGCCAGACUUGCUACAUUUCUUCCAAAGCACCCUCAAACCGGACGAUGGCGCCUCGAGUUCGGCCAUAGCGCCGAAGACAACUUCAUCCAAAGAGCCAGUGGUCCCCUUCACCGGAGUCGGACAUAGAUUGGGCGGUCUGCUGCCCUCACCAGCUCAAUCUCGGCUUUUGGCCUUGACCGCGCCUCCUCCCUUGCCCUCGCAGUCCACGUUUGCCAGGUCCUCAGCCACUGACACUUCUACUGAACUCGCCUCGGCUGCCACUCUCACGAGAUUGGUCCAGUGUCCAGUUUGUUUCCAGUCCGUACCGGAGGAUUUUGUGAAUGAGCACUUAGAUGCCUGUCUUGUUGCUGUGUGA